AUGGAUUCCACCCUGCUCUGCAACGACCUCAAGUGUCGUUCCCUCUGCCCCGACCAAGCCGUGGUAACGACCUGCAGCCACAUCUUCUGCAUUCCUUGUGCUGGCCGUCUUGGUCUCACCGAACCGAGAGAUGGCCAGCGCAUAUGCCCAGCGUGUUCGACUCAUCUCGUCAAUCCAGAUGAUGCUGUCAUCACCAGCCUGAACCCCACAGAAGACUACAAGACGAGCAUUCUCAGCGGCCUCAGUCCUACAAUUAUCAUGGAAUGCGCGGGCCGUGGCCUGGCCUUUUGGGCGUACCAGAUGGUCCAGGAAAUUACCUUUCAAGACUAUCUGGCUCGCAGCCUUACCGAAAGGUACGCACUUCUUGAUUCGCAGCGCACUGAGUCGGAUCGUGCGCUGAAGGAGGAGAAUGAUCGCAUCCUUAAAUCGCUCAAAGCGGUCAAUCAGGAAAACCGAGAACUUGUCGACAAGACCAAUCGUCUCCAGCACUCGUUGCAAGAGAAGAACAAGAACAUGCAGCAAAUGCAAGCCCUUUAUAACAAGCUGAAGUACCAGCAGCAAGCCGGGACUCUCGAAAUUGCUGCUGAUCAGGGCGCCGAAGAUAUCCUCAUGCAAGCUGGGUCUCAACAGCAACCUCAGCAUCGCAUUUCCACGCAGCGUCCUGAUGGCCAGAGUCAGCAUCAUCAUCAGCAUCAGCCACGCGUCCACGGUGGCAGCAACGGUAGCGGCGGCAGCGGGGAACGUCGUCAACAGCGCACGCACUCUUGGCCGCAAGGUGAUCAGCAAGCCUAUUCUCACCAGAAUGCUGGAAUGAUGUACCAACAUGGUCCCAGCUAUCACAGCUUGCCUGUUCCACCGGGCUCUUCGACCAACCGCCAGCGUCUGCCACAGGCCUACAAUCGUCCCGCUUUUGGUGCCUACAAUCAGAGUCUGCUUGGAGGCAAUCUAGGACCUGGUAUGGACAAUGACGCGCUACGGACAGGUACACCACUGCGAGGACGGUAUGGCAGUAUGACGCACGGCCCUGGCAACAGCUCUAACAAUGGCUUCGGAAUGAGCGCAGGAAUGCGCGUUGGUCGGCCUCAAGGUGGUGCUGCUGCCAUGGGUCGUGCGGGUAUGGGCACAAAUCGAACUGGUGGGGGUUAUGGUGGUGUCACGAUGCGUUGA